UCUGCGGUUGACGUCGGCUGUGUGGGUGGGUGGCUUGUGUGUUGUAAGGGACUGCCAGUGAUGGUCAGGUUUGGGUAGGCGAUUCGACUGUGAUUGAGAUAAUGCAGGCUUCUGGUGAGACGUCUGCACGGGACAACAGAAACGCCUUUUGGAAGAAGAAUACCAAGAAUGUGCCUGGCAGUAUGAAGUCUGUUUAUGGAGCUCAACAUCCUCCUAUCACAUCUGAUUGGUCCCCACAAGCCAGUCCUCGCCAUGCGUCCUCCGAGACGGUGUCGGCGGCGAACUUCCAAGACUUCCAGCAGUCGGUGGACGACGCCUGGGACGACGGCGAUGACGAGUUCUGCAUCAUCUCGGGCAAAAUCCAGAAAGACGUCCAGAUCUCGGCCAACAUCGCCCAGUCGACGGCGCUCAGCGUGAUCCGGUCCCACCGGUCUGGCGGCGGCGGCGGGAGACCCCCCGCCCCGCCCAACACCGACAGCGAGCCGCCGCCGCCGCCGCCAGCUGCGGCGAGACCGUGCAAGACGGAGGUCUCGGAGGCCGGCAAGGCUGAGGCCAUGAUCCGGCUGGCCGCCCAGCGGCCGUCGUCGGCGGAGGGCCAGCCGGCCGGCCUGAUGAACCCGUCCAGCUGUCCCCGGAUGCCGGGCCACCCGCAGCCGCUGCGGCCCGGCGCGGUGCUCCGGCAGCCGCCCGUCCGCUACCUGCAGGACAAGGCCAACGCAGGCCUGGACCGCGAGGCGGCCCGCCUGGUCAAGGUGCGCUCGGCCAUCGACAGCGGCGCCGCCUCGCUGGAUGAGCUGCGCAAGCUAUGCUGGGGCGGCGUGCCGGCCGCGGCGCGCGCCGUCGCCUGGCGCCUCCUCUCCGGCUACCUGCCGCUGCCGCUGGAGCGGCGCCAGCCCACCAUGCAACGCAAGCGCGACGAGUACUGGAGCUUCGUGCACCAGUACUACGACACGCGCCACGACGACAUUCAUCAGGAUACGUACCGACAGAUCCACAUCGACAUUCCGCGGAUGUCGCCGCUGAUCCCGCUGUUCCAGCAGCAGUGCGUGCAGGAGAUGUUCGAGCGCGUGCUGUACAUCUGGGCCAUCCGGCACCCGGCCUCCGGCUACGUGCAGGGUGUCAACGACCUGGUCACGCCCUACUUCAUCGUCUUCCUGCAGGAGGUGUUGCCACCCGGUGCCGACAUCGACAGCUAUGACGUGUCGUCGCUGAGCGAGCCGGAGCGGCGCGUCAUCGAAGCCGACUCGUUCUGGUCCAUGUCGUUGCUACUGGACGGCAUCCAGGACAACUAUACGUUCGCCCAGCCGGGCAUCCAGACCAAGGUCACCCAGCUGAAGGAGCUGGUGCAGCGGAUAGACGCGCCCCUGGACGCUCACAUCGCGCGCCAAGGCAUCGACUACCUGCAGUUCGCGUUCCGCUGGAUGAACAACCUGCUGAUGCGCGAGCUGCCUCUCCACUGCACCAUCCGGCUGUGGGACACGUACCUGUCCGAGGCUGACGGCUUCGCCAGCUUCCACCUGUACGUGUGCGCCGCCUUCCUCACCUGGUGGAGCCGCCGGCUCAUGCAGGAGAAGGACUUCCAGGGCCUGAUGCUGACGCUACAGAACCUGCCCACCCACGACUGGACCAACUCCGAGAUCAGCCUGCUGGUGGCCGAAGCUUACAAGCUCAAGUACACGUUCGCCGACGCGCCCAACCAUUUGGCCAGUCGGACCAAGUAGCGGCGGGCCGGGCCGGGCCGGCGACCGCCCGGUGUGUGAUGCCGUUCCGGCGGGCGG